GUUAUCAGAGGGCUCCUCGUCACUGGCACGGAGAGUCCACGCACGGUUCUCAUGAAAAGCUGCGAAAAACAUCUCCACACUUCGUGCGACUUUGGCGCCCGGGGAGACAUCUUGGAGAAGGAGCGAGAAGAAGUUUCCGGGAUAACUCCAUUGACUUUUUCUGCUGGUUUGGAUCCGAGCGAGAGCGGCGGUUCAUGUUGACAAAUGUUAGCGGUGGGGCAGAUGGAGGCUAACCGGCAGAGUGCUUUCGUCCUGGGCAGCACCCCGCUGGCGGCGUUGCACAACAUGACCGAGAUGAAGACGUCCCUCUUCCCGUACGCGCUGCAGCAGAGCCCGGCGGCCUUCAAGGCGCCGCCGCUCUCCGGCCUCAACUCGCAGCUCUCCGGGGCCACCCCGCACGGAAUAAGCGACAUCCUGGGGAGACCCAUCGCCACGGCCGGGCAGCUGCUGUCCGGCUUCCCCAGGAUCAACGGCCUGGCCACCAGCGCCGCGGCGGCCGCGGCCGGGAUGUACUUCGGCCCGGCCGUGUCCCGGUACCCCAAGCCGCUGGCCGAGCUGCCCGGGAGGGCGCCCAUCUUCUGGCCGGGGGUGAUGCAGGGAUCCCCGUGGAGGGACCCGCGUGUGCCGUGUCCGUCUCAGUCGAGUUUAAUGGUGGACAAGGAUGGCAAGAAGAAACACUCCAGGCCUACUUUUUCUGGACAGCAGAUUUUUGCACUGGAAAAAACCUUUGAGCAGACAAAAUACCUUGCAGGCCCCGAGAGAGCUCGCUUGGCCUACUCCUUAGGAAUGACGGAGAGCCAAGUCAAGGUCUGGUUCCAGAACCGGAGAACCAAGUGGCGGAAGCGACACGCGGCGGAGAUGGCCUCGGCUAAGAAGAAGCACGACUCCGAGACGGAAAAAAUGAAGGAGAGUUCGGACAACGAGGAGGACGACGAGUACAACAAACCGCUGGAUCCCAACUCGGACGACGAGAAAAUCUCGAGACUGUUGAAGAAGCACAAGGCCGGCAGCAAUCUGGCGCUGGUCAGCCCCUGUAGCAACAGCUCGGACACUUUGUGAUAGCCGCCACCUUUCGAGAAAAGCUACAGUCCGGAGAACUCGCACUCUUUCCGAGCCCAUUCCCGCCUGACGUGAUCCGGGUGUCCAAGCGCAAGAAGACUCGGACGGACAGACGAGUGGAGUAUUACUACGUUUAAAAAAAAACACAAAAAACAUUUGUCAUUUGCAACGAUAUGAGCCCGUGUCAUUCUGCAGACUUGUUUUCUGGAAUAUUCAUAUUCUUUCACGUAUGAUUUGGACUUAAAAGGACAUUUUAUGAACGGAACCGACGCUGAUCCGGAUGUGAAUGUUCCAUAUGUCAGGUGUGAACGGGCUCUGAUGCUUUUAAAGCUCAGUUCAAGCAGGGUAUCCACUGUCCUAAAAGGCGAGAAAGGAAAAAAAAAAAAAAAAAAAAACAUUUAAGGGGUGCGAAAAGUAUGAUUGUAUUGUAUAUAUUUUUUACAGAAUAACUUAUGUUGGGGGUCAAGACUUUUCUCCCAUCCUCCACGCAGCCCUGACGCGCUUACUUCCUGGCAAACACACCCGAUGCUUCAUUUCUACUCCUGACUGCUAUUCCUUUUUCAGUCUGCACACACUUCCGAUGCUGUAAAUAUGCCCUGUAAAAAAAAAAAAACAAACAAAUGUAAUUGACACUACACUUGGAAGAGUUUUUUUUUUUUGUUGCUUUUAAAGAGUAUUAUUGCUUUCAGGGAGGUUAUAGAGGAAGGAAAAAAAACACUUUGUAUAAUGAAUAAAUUAUUUAACAAACAUUUCUUUUAUGGUUUCUGUCUUAAUG